UUCAUGAUUCGCGAUUUCCAGUCAUUCAUUCAGUUGUAGUUCGCCUUGUGAACGGACAUUAAUCACGAUGGGAAUCUAUUAGUGAACACUUCCAUUCAUGAGGACACAUGGGUGUAGAUAUUAUACCAGUUGAUUAAAGAGCAGAAGCUGUCAAAAGUCCCGAUAACAUCAUGGGUCAUAGUUAUUGAAACAGACGACAGAUCAUUAUAGCCGCCAUCAUUCCGUGACAACAUCAAAUAUAAAUAACGUGCUAGAAGGUGACAAGUUCUCAAAUAAUUUAAUAAACAUCGGUCCAUCUAAUGAAAAUGUUUGACAGAUCACCGUCAUCUGCCGUGGGUUCAUUCUGACACCUUUGGUGAUAAAAGUACAAAUAACAUCAAUAUCGCACAGGAAAUCCCCAAUACCCCAAAGUAUGACGCGUGUUUACUUCUUCUGUUGAAUGCCUGUUUUGUAAACGGAUAAAAUAAAUUGUCGAUACAAUUCUCUUCGGUAUUUUUAUCGUUGGGAUUCACGUGUUUUCUACGCUGUGUGUGCAUUUAGUUAAAAAAAUUUCUAAAACAGUGACUCUGACCUGUAAGUAACCAUUAAGUUAAUGUUGUGUGUGCUUCAAUCCGAGUGUAAAACAGCUGAUUUCCACAUCAGCAAAUUUAAACCAUUUGUUUUGUCGUGGAUGAUUGCGCUUGAUUCCAUACGCUACAUGCUGUUUAUGAGGAAAACGUUAUUUAAAGCGGACGAACAGGCGCGAAAAUGAAUUGUAACAUUGGUAUCCAGAAUAGAAAUUUAAUAAUAAAAGUGAAAGACUCGAGUGGAAUUAACAACAGACGAACAGCACUGUACGCUAACAGGUCUGCCAGAAACACUUCGUAAAUUUUCCGUCAGUCGAAUACGUCAAUGAAAUGAGAAGUGGGUAUUGUUGAUAACAUGUCUAGGGAUUCACACUGUGUCUCAACCAGAUACCACACCAUUAAUUGAAUACGUUUAAAUCUAAUUACGUCAAGUCUGUUAGAUAUAUACGAAACUACGAUCUCCCACAUCUGCCGAACUCUUGCCAAACAUGAUUAAAAAUGGUGAUCAAAAAACGAGUUUUAUUAGAUUUUAAGUUUCUCCAGUGAAUGCAAUAAGGUGUUUGUAUUAUAUUUUAUGGUUUUAUUAGAAACCAAUUUGCAUCAUGAUUCGGGAUAAGACAAAGGGACUUGUUUUUAUUUUAAUGUUUCCACUGUUCGGUUACAUAUUCGUCAUGUACGUUGCUAUGUUCCGAGUAUGUCCUAUAGGGAGUUACUCUGAGGAUUAUUCAUCUUUAAAUGGACGCUUUAAUGGAAUUAGAUUACAAAAUCUCCCUCGAGAUACGUCUUCCUAUCCAUUUGAGUCGGCAUAUCAAUUAUUAGUUAAACAUAAGCAACGCUCGGGGCAGACGAACUCGUUUCCAUUCCAAGAAAACAUUGGAGAAAGUUUCUCAAAUAAUCAACCGAAUAACGACGGCAAAAGGUCGCCACAUAACCACGUUCAAAUCUCCCGGGAUCUCAAAGCAGAAAGCACUGUUUCUAAAAAUAAUGAUGUUUAUAAUGAUCUUACUCGGAAUUGGAAACAUUUCAAUAUUCAAAGACCCCGUUAUCUGUUUAACUGUUCAAAUAUUCAUGAUAUCAAAAUAAAAAAGAAAAUCGGCCAUGGCGUUUCUAAACAAACUUUUCUUGGUGAAUAUAAUGGCGAACACGUUGCCGUUAAAAUGGUCACCCGACAUUUGCGUGACGUGAGAGACUGUUUUGAUGAUAUUAAGCAAAGGAACGUGGAUACGCCACAAACAAGAUCAAAAUGUUUUGCAAUUCCUACAAUGAAACUGAUGAAGGAAAUACUCUUUUUAGAACAGAUCAAUCAUCCUAAUCUGGUCUCUUUAUUAGGAUAUUGUGUUCGUAGUGAGGAGAGUGACUCCACUGACAUUUCAGAGCAUGGCGUCGUGGCUGUUUACGAACAUGGACAACGAUUUGUUGUGGACAGUCUGCAACUCGAAUCGUGGCAACUACGACUUCAACAAGCCGUCGAACUAGCCGACUUUUUGGACUAUUUGGAAAAUUCUCCACUUGGUUCGUUAAUCGUUCCUGAUUUUAAAGAGGGACAUUUUCUUUUUGUUGAUUAUUCAAUAAAAAUGAUCGAUUUAGACGAUGUUAACAAUAUCGAACCUCAGUGCGGUUUGCAUCCUAAAAUUGUCGAUGACGAUAAAUGCGAGUAUGAUUUAAAGUGUUUAAGGGCACAGUGUAUAGGAUUUAAUGCAAAAACAAACAUGAAGCAUAUGAAUAGAUUAUUAUUCAAACGCCUAUUAUUUCCAUUAACGUUCCCAGAUGUUAUUAUGAAAAAUAUUGGACAAGUGAGCGCUCAACUUGAUUCGCUCUCCUACAGCGGAAGAGAGUUGUUCAAUGAACUCAGAUCUUUACAAAAUAUAGCACAAGCAAAUCUACGCAAACAUUCCUAGCAGAAAAGUUGCCAUAUUUAUGCCAAUAAUACUGCAAUUCCCAUCAUCACUAUCUCAUUGAAUGAACCUUCAAAUUAUCAUUUAAAAUAUUCUGCUUCUAUUUGAAAUCAAGGUACUUGCACAUAAAUAAUCGAUUUUGUUUAGAAAAAACAGUAGGGUGUUAAAUUAAAGAUUUGUCGAUUAUGCCUUAAAUAGGAAUUAUAAAUGUUUAAGUUGGAAUAGUUUAGUUAUGUGUGCUUCUCGUUGUGUGGUCUUUCUAUAGCAUUCUAUUCUGUUCUAUUACUCGAUUCUAGAAUAUUUACGCGUAUUGCCUUUCAGUAUAAUCUGGUGUUCGUUUUCUUUGUAUUGUACUAUGUUGUAGUUUCCGAGUCCUGUCAUAUGUCUAUUCUCCAUCUUGUAUCUAUUCUCCUGUGCUACAUUCUACUCUAUCUGGUUCUGUCCUGCAUCUAUUCUCCUGUGCUACAUUUUACUCUAUCUGGUUCUGUCCUGCAUCUAUUCUCCUGUACUAAAUUCUACUCUAUCUCGUUCUGUCCUGCAUUUAUUCUCCUAUACUACAUUCUACUCUAUCUUGUUCUGUCCUGUAUCUAUUCUCCUAUACUACAUUCUACUCUAUCUUGUUUUGUGCUGUAUCUAUUUUCCUGCACUACAUUUUACUCUAUCUUGUUCUGUCCUGUAUCUAUUCCCCUGCACUACAUUCUACUCUAUCUUGUUCUGUCCUGCAUCUAUUCUCCUGUACUACAUUCUACUCUAUAUUGUUCUGUCCUGUAUUUAUUCUCAUGUACUACAUUCUACUCUAUCUUGUUCUGUCCUUCAUCUAUCUUCCUGGACUACACUCUUGUCUUAUUAUUUAUCGCAUCUAUUGUCCUGUACUACAUUCUACUCUAUCAGAUGUCCUGCAUCUACGUGUAUUUUCCUGUACUAUACUCUACUCUAUCUCGUUCUGCCCUACAUCUAUUCUCCUAUACUACAUUCUACUCUAUCUUGUUCUGUCCAGCAUCUAUUUUCCUGCACUACAUUCUACUCUAUCUUUUUCCAUCCUGCAUCUAUUCUCCUGUACUACACUCUACUCUAUCUUGUUCUGUCCCACGUUUCAUCCAGUUUCCCCUUGUCAGUUAUGCAGGACAGAGGGCCUGACAAGGACAGGUAUCUAGUCGUUCGGAUGGGACGAAAAACCGAGGUCCCGUGUACAGAUUGGUGUGCACGUAAAAUAUCCCUUGGCAGUUGGAAUUCGAUAUGCAAAAUUUCCCUUAUAGCACACUGUAUGGCGUAUGCCCGUCUUAAUAGCCCAGUUUAGGAGCAGAACAGUAGGACGUUAAACCCCAUUUCAUUUCAUUUAAUUUCUGCCCCACGUCUAUUUCCCUAUGUUCAACUCUAUCUUGUUCUGCCCCAGUUCUCCUGUGAUCAACUCUACCUAUAGGUCCAGUAUUUUAAUUCCGUGAUAUAUUCUGCACAACACAGUUCUACCACAUUACAUAAUUAGGUCCGGCAUCUAUCCGUUUGACUCUACACUUCCACGUCUGUCCUGUAUAUAACAUGCCCAAUCUUGGUUUGUCCUGCUGUGUCCCGCUAUUUUCUCCCGUUUUCCAUUCCCUGUUGUUCUAAGAUGACCUGCCUAAUUUUGUCUUGUUUGAUUUAGUAUUAUGUGUGUUAGACCAUACUGCUUCCUAUCCAGUAUUUCGCUCCGCUACGUUCAAUUCCAGCACAUCUGCCACCCCCGGUGAUAAUUUAAUUUACCAUGUAACAUUUAAUACUGCUUUUAUUUCAUUAGGGCGGCUCCCAAUUUCUGUCCUACAAUCCCCCGAUAUGUUAUAUUCUUUUAUAUUAUAUAUUAUAUUAAUUUGUCCGUUCUAUCUGUACCUUCCAUAUAACCGUAAACUAUCAUUUAAAACAUAAUUGUAUUUGUGGUUUGACAGUAUUUCAUUUUAAAAUGUAAAUUCGUGAUGUUGUAUGAAUUGUGUGAAUAAGAGUUGGCUCCAUAAACUUUCAGCUGAAUCAAAUAAAUAUCAUCUCUGUUGAUAGAAUAACUACUUAAUGUUCCUUUCAGUCUGGCACAGAGUCUAGUGCCCACACCUACUUGCUUUAUCGAUCCAUAUAUUUUUUUUAAAGUGCAUCUUCUUAAAGAGCAUACGAAUUGCAAUUCAAUUAAUUUGCAUGGUGAUCAAAGGACAAGCUGGACUGGUUGCCUUAAUUAUUUAAUAGAAUGUUUUUAUGAAUCCGUAAAUUGGCAAAAACUAACAUCGGGAAGAAACACAGAAGUUCGCUGUUAUUAUUGGGAUAAUCCAAUAUAAAUAGUUGUACUCUAUAUACGCGCGUACCCCUUGUCGGUGGUGCGAGAUGGAAAGUCUCAUAGGUCUGGUCAUUUGGAUGGGACGAAAAACCGAGGUACCGUGUACACGUUAGCGUGCAAGUAAAAGCACUGGCGUUCGAAAUAAGAGCAGGCUGUACCAUGUAAAAGGUUCCCCCGUCUUCGUUAGCCCGGAUGGUGUAGAAAAGUAGGGCGUUAAACUGAGCCGGUAUCCAAAUGAUUAUGCAAUUUGAAUAUGUAUUUGAUAGAUUUUGUAAUUGGUUGAAUACGGUGAAAGUAAGUGAAUAGUUAUCUUAUAAUUAUAUAAUCGAUUCAAGUUGUAUACCUAUCAAAUAGUUUUAGGCCACAUAACUGCGUUGUUGCAUCUCCAUCUUCAAAGUGUUGAAAUUUGAACGAACGGGAAGGUUUUGAAGCAUCUUGAUAUGGAAAUUGAUGAUAUCGACAUCAGAAAUAUACAAACACUUUCGAUUUCUUUGAACCAAUGUUUAGUUUUUUAAUAGCUUAGUUGCUCAUAAAUAUCAUCAUAGUACUUAAUUAUAGAUGUUAUAGUUUAUUAAAUGUAACGAAGGAAUUUAUAUUAUAGAAAGGAUUAAGUGUCAUGCUAAUCAAUAUACCCGAGUUGUA